UUUGUUUUGAUGCGGGGAAGUUUUGGCCAGCUCGGUUUGAUGUAGAACACAGUUUUUAUUCGUUUGCAAAUAUAUUUGUAUUUGUGUGCAAUGCGCAAUUUUAUCCCACCGCUUCAAACCACCACCACUGUCUUAUUGCCCUCGUUUUCUUACGCGUCGUCUUAUCAUCAGCCCUGAUUGGGGAGUUAGGUCCUUGAGUCUGAACUUUCUGGCGGAGGCAGAAAGCAUAACGUUAUCCCUGCUUUCCGGUUUCUGCCGGUUGUUGUUUUCGAUGUUCGCCGGUAAUGCACGUGCAUACUGCUCAAGUGUGUGGUUAUGAGAUCAUCUCGAAAUCAGUUCAGAUAUCGGACUACAAAGAGUGCUACAGAGAGUCAGCGUUUCAUCAUCAGACAGGUGCCAAUUGCUGAGGAACAAAAGAUGGCUGCUGCCCAGAAGCAUGUGCUGCGUGUGUAUGUUGCUCGAGACACCCUUAAACUUACUCUACUUGAGCGACCAAAGUCAGUGGAGGAGCUGAAAGAAAUAAUGCAAGAGAGGUUCAAGCCGAGGCUGGAUGGGGACUUUAGCCUGCACUAUGAGGAUCCGGACUUUGAUGGUGAUCUUUGUCUUCUUUUGGACAUCCAGGAGUUACCAGAGAAGGGCACACUAAGAGUCGUCAGAUCUGAAGGUGACACCUCAUCUACUGGAUCUUCUGACACAGACAUACUCCCACAUGUACCUGCUUUACAGCGCCAGAAGAGUUGGCCUGAUCACUUUGUUGUUCCUGGUUUUGGUUAUGAAAUGGAGCAUAUACUAGAUGAAGGAAAUCGUGUUUAUGAAGAAUCAGGAAAAUUGCUGAAGUUAAAGAGGUCACAGAAGAGUGAAAUCCUUAAAAAGAUGGCAGAAACGAUCUACACUUUUAAACCCUACCCACAUGAGAAGGAGUUGGCAAUGGCUGCUCAAGCUUUGAUUAUAGCUCAUCCAUGUCUCAGAAUGACGGCUGGUGAAGACGGGGAGUUGGGAUGGAAACGUCACAUAGGGUACAAGGUUGCGUCUUACCGUAACAAUCUGGCCAAAGCUGGGGUUGCAGAAGUAGCCAUCAACACAGGGAGGCGGAGCCGAAACAACCCAGACAACGAUCACCCCCAUCAAAACAUAAAGAAAGCUCGCAAAGCAGAGGUCAAUUACAUCAUCAACCUACCAAAGGAUCAAACCCCAGCCACUCUGGAAACAAUGAGAGAAGAAAUCAUACAUGAAGUCGAAAAGACUGAGAGAAACCAAUUAGUCAUAGGCAGGCUCAUGAACACAACCUAUGCCCUUCGUCGCCAAGAAAUUGUUGGCGCUCUUGUAGCUCCACGGGUGAGAGACGUCGUGGACAGAUGGCCAGCCCUACUUAUGGAGUCACAGGUGUUUGCAGAGUUCCACAGAAUCAACAACGUUAACCUGCGCAAUCAAUUCUACAAGGAGCUGGACAGACACAUGCCUAAACUCAUCACCUUGUUCAGAGACAAGGCCACCAAGACUGGCAAGAUAGCGGAGGAGCUAGCCAAGCUCAUGAGGAUUUAUGACCUUCAGGAACAACGUGAUACAAAUAUGAGACGGGCCCUCGUCCUUCGUGCACUUCCUGUGUACCUGCGUGAAGAUGCCUCCAAGUUCUUCAGGACCUGUAAUUCAGCAGAUGGUCCAGACCUCACUGACACUCCUGUGGCUCUCCUGACAGUCGUCAUGGAUGACACUACUGAUGUGGCCCUCUUCAGCCCUGAGAGCAUCUGUAUUGUUGUGGAGGAUGAAAUACUUAUUUCUACUCAGUACAAAGCCUAA